UCAGGUGGCAGGUUUGUAUUUACCGCUCGUCAUCAUCUCGAACACGUCCAUCGUCUGUAUCUACAGAUUGUUGAUUCCAUCUGUUGUUGACUGGCUGAAAAGCAGCCGAUAGUGAAACGCACGUAAAGAAUUUGUGACAUCAUCUUCUCAGAGAAGGAAAGGUCUUCAUAGUUGGCCAUACAGCAAAAUGCGCUGGAAGAUUUUACAUUCUGCGCUCGUUUUCUACAUCCUGGUACACUUCGCCUUAUGCAAACCAGUAGACAGGCGCGGGCCACCACAUCCAGACCCAGUGGAGGAAGGAUCAAAAGUCGAGGAGGAUUUGGACUAUGAAUUUGAAGAGGAUUAUAACGAAGAUGAUGAUAUUGAUGACAAAGUGGUUGAUGAAAAAAUUCAUGUUGUAAAAAGAAGUAAUGAAAAGCUGGAGGAAGCAAGUUCUAAAGACCUGCCAAAAAGUGACAGGAAAUUAGAUCUCAUAAAGCAACGAAAAGAGCUGGUCAAUGCAGCAGUAAGAGAGAGGAAAGUCCGUGUACCAAAGGGUACAGGAUUGGAAUAUGAUCGCUACCUUCGGCAGGUGGUUGAGAUUCUGGAAUCAGAUGAUUCUUUCCGUAAGAAAUUGGAACAGGCAAAUAUUUCAGAUAUAAAGAGUGGGGCCAUUGCUUCACAUUUGGAGUUGGUUAAUAACACCAUCCGCACCAAACUGGAUGAAAUCAAGCGUAUGGAGGUGCAGCGGCUGCAUGAACUAGCUCGCAUCAAGAUGCGCUCCAUGACGGGUACGCAAGUCUUGCAUUACAUUGCUGCGCAUGGAGGUGUGGAUCGCAUGGAUAUCCCCAAUCACCUUGACAUCAGCAACCCAUACUCCUUUGAGAUGAAAGAUCUGGAAAGGCUCAUUAAGAAGACAACCCACGACCUUGAGAUGUUAGACAAGAAGAGACAACAUGAUUUUAAGGAGUAUGAGAUGGAGAAAGAGUUUGAAUAUCAGCAGAAGUUGAAGGAAUUGCCUGAAGAGACACGCAAGGAAGAGGAAACCAAACACGAAGAGCUUAAAACCAAACACAAGCAGCAUGAAAAAAUUAACCAUCCUGGGAGCAAAGAUCAGUUUGAGGAGGUGUGGGAAAAGGAUGACCACCUUGAACAGGAGUUUGACCCUAAAACUUUCUUUUUUAUGCAUGAUAUAAAUGGUGAUGGCAUCUGGGAUGUUCAGGAAGUUGAGGCAGUUUUACAAAGAGAACUGGAUAAAGUGUAUGAUGCACGAAACUCCCCUGAAGAAGAUGAUCCCAUGGAACGUUUUGAGGAGAUGAACCGAAUGCGAGAACAUGUGUUUGGUGAGAUUGACAAGGACAAGGACUACAUGAUCACAUUGAAGGAGUUUCUGCAGUACACAGGGAAGCAUGGAGAAAAUGAAAAGUUCAAGGAGGAUGAAGGCUGGGAAGGUAUUGAGGACAAGCCCCAGUUCACAGAUGAAGAAUUUCAAGAAUAUAUCAGGCAACAUCAUGCACAACCUGGUGUUGUUAAUGUUCCUCCUCAACAUGAUCUUCAGUUCCAGCCAGAGGACAAGCUCCGUCAGCAGCAACAGCAGCAGGGCCUUCCACAUGGAGACCCACAAGCAUCCUGGCUUGGGGGUUCCUCAGCAGCCUGGCAUGGGAGUGCCACACCAGCCUGGGUUGGGGAUUCCUCAGCAGCCUGGCAUGGGAAUGCCACAACAACCUGGCAUGGGGAUUCAUCACCAGCCUGGCACAGGAGUGCCGCAGCAGCCUGGUUUGCCAGCACAGCAAAAUUUUCAACAGCAGAUUAAUCAGCAACAGUUUCAGCAGCAACACUUGAAUCAACAGGCCCAGUUUGGUCAACAACAACACAAGGCCAGUUUGGUCAGCCACAAGGACAAUUUGGUCAACCUCAACAAGGUCAAUUUGGUCAGGCUCAGCAAGGACAAUUUGGUCAGCCUCAAACAGGUCAAUUUGGUCAGGCUCAGCAAGGACAAUUUGGUCAGCAACAGUUGAAUCAGCAAGGACAAUUUGGUCAGCAGCAACAUUUAAAUCAACAAGGCCACUUCGGUCAGCAGCAGCCGUUGGAUCAGCAGCAGCAGCAUGUAGCAACUGAGAACCAAGUCAACCAGGGUCAAGGGAUCCAAGGAGAUAGUCAGCACCAUGUCAGUCAAGGGCAAGUCCAUCCUGCUGUGUAACCUGAGUCCAAUGCUGUUGGAGUUGUGUGGCAUAAAGAGGCCAUCAUGACCAUCAAGGGGUCAUCAAGCCUUCUCGAAUGUUAUCUUAGCAAUUUAUGUUGCAAAUCAUUUCAUGCAUAACAAUGUUUCAGAGCUUGUCCAUCUUACUUUUAGCUCUGGGAAGAUGUUAUACUUUAUGUGUAAUGGAACAUCUAAAGUGUGUUCUUAUUUUGGAGGAAGAUAAUGAAGGUCUUUAGGGGAAAAACAAAAGGCUUGUAACUUAAGAUAAACAUCAAGAUUUGACCAAAAAAGCCUUCAUUGUUUAACAUGCUUUCAGACACUAACUGCUGUCAUAGCAUUGUUUUUGUGUGUGUGUGUGUGUUUGUUUUGUUUGUGGGCGGGGGGAGAGCCCAGAAGUCACUUUAAAUCUGCUGCACUUUUAUUAAAAAAAAAAAAUGGGUUUGCUUUCCCAAAAUUAACUGAAGGAGGCCAGCAGUUGUCUAUUUUUGGUUCUUGGAGAUCAUGCAGUGAAAAUUAGAUACGCUGCACAGUGUUUUUUUGUUGUUUUUUUGUUAAGAGUGGUGUUGGAUGCAUUUCACAUUUAAACAUUAUGGAAAAAUAUUUCUCAGCAUUUUCAAAGUUGGUUGUAUAUAUUUUGCUGUAGAUAAAAAUGGUAGUUUGAUAUUUGUUUUCAAGAAUGAGCUCACAUUUUGUUGUCAGGUUUACACAAAGGUCUAUUUUACUAAUGUAAUAAAAGUGUCAACUUGUGUGAGGUGUAUCAAAGAUAAUCUCUCUUAAGAAGGAUCUCAAAUGUAUCUUUCCCCGUGAAAAGCAACUAGAGCAUCCUGUCUGGUUUCUGGUUUUAAACUGAACUGAGAAACUAUGGACAUUUUAGUUCAGUGUGAUUUAUGCCGUAUAGUUACAGAUAUUUAACUCAUGUUCAUAGUGUUGCAUAAAAUGUUAUAAUGUAUAUUAAAAAUUACAUCAGAUGUGAACAAAGAACUACAAGCUUUACUCGUUUUCCUGAUCUGUAAACUCAGACAGAUAGGGAUUCACUGUUGUAAAACUUCACUGUGCAACAUAUUUGUCGGUGUCCAUCUGCUGGUCAUUUUCAUGGUACCUAAACCAUUCCAGUUUUAGUUGGUACCCUAAGCUGGAUAUUUCUUUGAGAAAUUUCUUUGCUGUUAGCAUAUUAGCUCUUCAUGUGUGUGAAAAUGUGGUCAGUCUGAACUUGAUUGGGCAGAAAGACACAUAUUGAUUUUAUUUAUGUAUACCCUCCCAUAACGUGGUAAGUGCACAAGCCCAUCUUUUCAGUGCAGCAGGUAAUAUGAGCUUAAAUACAGGUGAAACUCUGUAAAAGCUGCUGUAAGCCAGAAGUUUUGAGUUCUGACUGGUCUUGCGUGUGACGAUGUGGGAAAAUUUAUUAGUGAUUUUUGUUAUUUUAUUUUCCUUCUAACUUUAUCUUUUUGAAGAAAAAAAAAUUAAAAGUUUCUAAGGUUCUGAAAAACUGCAUUAUGUCCAAGAGCUAAUAAAAAGAGCCAGUACA